CACAAAAAUGUGGCAUUUCGUAACCUUUGCCUGCAGACAGUGACGUAUUAACCUGUGUGUAGGUCAUACGGACACCAAACAGAAGAUUUCCCAUCAAAAUGUUGCGAUCUGCCCUGAAACUAGCGCUCAUUCAGCGCUCAGUCGCAUUGUACAGCCUCAAGGAAGGUGUCAGGCCAUCACUAGCAAGUGUGGUACGGCUGAACCAGCAACACUACGCCUCCACAGCAGCAAAGACACAGGUACAAGAUGCUGAACCCGAGCCAGAAAAGCCCACAAAACCGAAGGUUGUACAGGAGAAAGUUGAAGCUGAGGUGGAGGCACCAAGUGCGGGUACAAAGUCGUUUGGGUUCGGCAUGUUCAUGGGACAGGUGGCACCAGAGCAGGUGUUCCCAUUCCCUGAAGUGCUGGAUGAAGAGCAGAAAGAAUUUCUGCAGAUGCUGGUAGACCCAGUCGACAAGUUCUUUCAGGAACAAAAUGAUGCCCUCAAGAAUGACAUGAUCGAGAAGGUGGAUGAUCCGACCAUGCAAGGGCUGAAAGAGAUGGGGGCCUUUGGUCUGCAGGUGCCACAGAACCUAGGGGGUCUUGGCCUGUCCAACACACAGUAUGCCCGUCUAGUAGAGAUUGUUGGAGAGUAUGACCUGGGAGUAGGAAUCACGUUAGGAGCCCACCAGUCUAUCGGGUUCAAGGGCAUCCUGAUCGCGGGGAACCCUGAACAGAAGGCCAAGUACCUGCCUAAGCUGGCCACCGGGGAGACAGUCGCAGCUUUCUGUUUAACCGAGCCAGCCAGUGGGUCCGAUGCCAGCUCUAUCAAGACAAGGGCAGUGUUGAGCGAUGAUGGGAAACAUUUCAUUCUGAAUGGUGGCAAAAUCUGGAUCAGCAAUGGUGGGCUAGCUGAGAUCUUCACAGUUUUUGCACAGACACCAGUGCCUGAUGGGAAGGGUGGCACCAAGGACAAGGUCACAGCAUUCAUUGUGGAAAGGUCGUUUGGAGGGGUCACAAAUGGCCCACCAGAGAAGAAGAUGGGAAUCAAGGCGUCCAACACUGCGGAGGUUUACUUUGAAGACGUGAAGAUUCCGCUAGAGAACGUGCUGGGGGAGGUCGGCGGUGGGUUCAAGAUCGCCAUGCACAUCCUGAACAACGGCAGGUUCGGAAUGGCCGCUGCGCUGUCUGGGACCAUGAAGGGGGUUAUCAAGAAGGCUUCUGACCACGCAGCAGCACGUACACAGUUUGGGGAGAAGAUCCACAAUUUUGGUGCUAUCCAGGAGAAGUUAGCCAGGAUGGCUGUGGUACAGUAUGUAACAGAGUCCAUGGCCUACAUGAUCUCAGCCAACAUGGACCAGGGCUCUAAAGACUUCCAGAUCGAGGCUGCCAUCAGUAAGAUCUACGGCUCUGAGUCUGCCUGGUUUGCCACAGACGAGGCCAUACAGAUCCUGGGAGGCAUGGGCUACAUGAGGGACUGUGGAGUGGAGAGGGUGAUGAGAGAUUUGCGAAUCUUCCGCAUCUUCGAAGGCACAAACGAUAUUCUGCGACUUUUCGUCGCUCUCACUGGUAUUCAGUUUGCUGGGAAGAACCUACAGGAGUUGCAGCGUGCUCUGAAGAACCCACUGGGUAACAUGGGAGUCAUCGCAGCAGCGGCAAGCAAACGCAUCAAGAGGAAGCUUGGCCUGAGCUCCGGCCCCUCCCUCCAGCAGUAUGUGGACCCGUCCCUCUCCUCCCAGGCCACGCAGGUCUCUAAGGCCAUCGACCAGUUUGGGGGAACUGUCGAGGACGUACUCAUGAAGCAUGGGAAGAAGAUUGUCCAGCAACAGUUCCUACUGAAGAGAGUUGCUGAUGCUGCUAUUGACAUCUAUGGCAUGGUGGCUGUGUUAUCCAGGGCAUCUCGCUCCAUCCAGAGGGGAGACAAGUCUGCUGACUAUGAGAAGAUGAUCUGUACUGUCUUCUGCAAUGAGGCUGCAGAGAGAGUAGCAUCAAACCUUGCUACUGCCACGUCUGGGAACGAUGACUUCAAAGUGAUGAGGGACAUCGCUGAGGAGGUCGUGCAGAAAAACCAGGUGGUACAGGACCACCCUCUGGGCUUCUAAACAUCUGACCAAUAGGAGGCUAUCUCUAGGUCACAUGAUCAUAGCUUAUCCAAUGGGAGUCCUUUUAUUUGUUAGUUGACAAUUGUCUUUGGAUAUCAAAUUUCACUGUUUUAGAUGCAGUCAUAUCUAUACUACAUGACAGAGGUCAUACAGAAAAACAGGUGGUUCAGGACCACCCUCUGGGCUUUUAAACAGACCAAUAGGAGGCCAUCUCUAGGUCACAUGAUCAUAGCUUAUCCCAUGGGAGUCCUUUAGUUUAAUUGGUGACAAUUGUCUUUGGAUAUUAAAUUUAACUGUUUUAGAAACAACCCUAUCCAUACUACAUAUUUUAUCUCUCAAAGUAAAAUGUCACAAGACUAAGAACAGGAACAGGAAAAAUGUACAUAGGUGGUGUUGUCUGCUGCUUUAGCCCGUAUCAAAAAGGCUUGUUUUAACUUCUACCAAGGACAUUAUAUAAAGCCCUUGCUUCUACAUAAGAAUACUUCUGGACAGAUAAACUUGUGUACCUAGUGAGAUUGUAUAAAGGUUUGAGUGCACAAGGUGUUAUUUUAAAGAGGACCUCUAUAAGUUUUAGAAAAAAAUGUGUGCCUAUCAAAGCAAAGUACUAAGUAUUACUAAGUAGUUGUAUUUGGUUUUGCUGGACGCUGGCUUGAACAAGAAUUCCAUUACUACUGAGACACAGUACUUAAAUCAGAUUUUAGAUUGAUACUCAGGACUUUCACCAAACAUUGUCUUACAGAGAACAAACUCUACAAUCUCUCCUAUGUUAGCAAAGAAAGACAGACCUAGGAAGGACAAAAAAUCUAUGCUGUUCAUGUAUAUAGUGAUAAUGUGCAUGGGAUUAUGACAAGUUUGUGAAAUACUUUAUUCAACGCAACUUCAAUGCCAUUUCAAUGCAGGUGUUACCGUCCAUUUGUUGUCAUCACUUCCAAAGAGUAUUUUCUUUUUUAGUGAAGCAGUAUUGCAAAUGAUUGUUGGGAGUAGGACUGGGGGAGACAAAGAUACAAGGAAGGUUCUAUGAAUGUAGACGGCAAGAAAGGAGAUUGUAUAUGAAGGUUUUAUGAGUACAAGAGAUAGGAAUUGGAUUGGAAAAGAGAUCUCUGAAUACAAUGGUUUUAAACUGUAGGUUAGCAUUGAUAGGUUUCAUUCUAUGUUUUGCAGUAUUCUUCUCAUGGCAUCAAGAUAUUAUUGACACCGUAUGAAAUAAUGCAAACAAUUGAUGUGGGGAAAUUAAAGGAAAACCCAAGUGA